UGACUUGGGUCUGGUCUUGUGUCUGCACCGAGAUAUGAAUCACUUCCUCUUCCCAUUCUCUCCCUCGUCUGGAAACCCCUUUCUUAUAUAUCAGAUUCAACGCCCACCCGCGGCUGGCUCAACCCUCAGGAUUCCCCCGACUGAACGGGACAUCAUAUUUUGCAGCAUCUCAACAGAAUCAAAGAGAAGGGACCCGCAAUUUUCUCAAUUAGGCGCCAUAAGAGAGACAUACACGCACAACCCCCAUUUCAGGCCUUGAAGAGAGGAAAAUCAAUGGGGCUAGAACUCGUGUGUCUCGUCUCUUUGUGCUUGGCUGGCACCCAUCAUUAUGCCUGCAGAAGCGCAGUCGAAACUACAAUAACUGCAUCCAAUCACAGACCCAGUGGGACUGGUCAGGCAUGUCAUCGACCCUACGAGUCCUUGUGUCACCUCAAUGACUGCAUCUUGGGGAGCAAGGAAACGUGGCACAUGGUCCGGCCUUGGGUGGUACACACACUGACUCCAUCGGGGAACAGCAUGGAAAUGCUCAGAAGAAAGGAAGGUAAACGUUGCAAGGCAAACAAUCGACUCGGCAGAAUCACCUUCCGCGCGAAGAAUUUGUCAAAUGUACGGAGUACAUACUUGGGCUUUUUCCCUUCCUAUACAUGGUAUUCGCAAGGUAAGUCGACAAACAGAACAUGGUCUUCAACGCAGGUUGGAAGACACGCUGCGACGCGAAAAGUCAAAUCCCCUACACCAAUGAUGGCACAGUAAUUCAACCCAAUUUGUAAUAAGAAGCAAGAAUUCUCUGGCAGCUGACUCGUCCGCGGCCAAUCUCAUAAGCCCAACGUAAGAAAAAAGAACCCAAACAAGCAAAGGGGGUAUAGUACAUGUACAAAGUACGUGCUAUACAAAAACAGCACCAAAAAAAAGUCAAGGAUGGAAAAGUCAGCGUGCCA